GGUUUGCCGGCUUGCCUCCUGCGGGCUGCUAUUGGUUGCAAUGUCGCAAGGACACGAGGUGCCAUGAGACGCGGAUGGUGGUGGGCAUCUCCAACGGUUUACGCUCGUCACUCGAUCGCCGUUGUGCCGCGAUUUACUUAAUUACGUUACUACGCUUUUUCUUUGCCCUUCGGUGUCUAUACUGUUAAAGUUUUUGACGUUUUUGUUUUCCAUCCGUUCUAUGGCUAUUGACUGCCGCAAGCUAGUAUCCGUCAAUACGACUCUGCACUUACAUAUUUUAUUUUAUAUUUUAUUAUUUUUAUAAUAAAUAGUUUAACAAGUUGGUCAGUUAUUGGUGAAUAUUAUAAAAUCUGAAGUAUGUGGUUCAUUGUACAUUUUAUCAAUGAUAAUUCUGUCUCAGCUGUUCCAAAAUCAUGGUGGAAACAUGGCUAUUGCGCUUGGCCAAAAAAAAAUAUAAAAAAUAAGAAUAAAUUGAUUGAAUCAAUGCAAAAACCAAAUAAAAUUGACUAUGUAUAUUUCAAAGCGAGAUUGUUGACACAAAAUCCUAUAGCUUCUUAUAAUGAAGCCAGAUGCAAAGCAUUAAAAGCACAAAAUACUUCAGAUUUGUCAUCAACGGAAAAUGUGAAAUUCAAAUUUAAAACUAAAACUAAAAAGAAACCUCCAAUUAACGACUAUAGUUCUGCACCUGAAUUUUCUGAUUCUAGCGAUGGUGUUUUUGAUGACAGUGAUAAAGAUAAAUUGUACAGUCCAGAAUGUUCAAAAAAAUUUGAUUUAAGCCCAAGUUAUAAUGUUAUUGGCAAUGUUGAUAAAAACAACGAAUUAUCUUCAAAUAAAGUAUUUAUUAUAGAAGAUAACACUGAUAUUAUAAAUAGUCCAAGUGGAAAAUGGAAAGUUCAAUCCAAUUAUAUUUCUCCAAUACCUAAUAUCUCUAUCAAUAAAUGUAAUAAUGAAUAUAAAGUUUCUUCGUCCAAGCAAUUAAGCAAAAUCAAAAAGUGUUUGUUUCCUAGUAAUACAAAUUCUAUGGAAGAGGAUAUAAUUAUGGUGAAUGAUAAACUUUCAACAGGUGAAUUAGAAGUUGCUGGUACCGAUUUAUCUUUAAAUGAAGUAUCUCAUCUUGCUUAUGAGUUUAAACAAUGUUAUGAUUAUACAAAGACGUCUUUGACUAAUAUCAAAUUUGAUAUUAAAAAUUUAGUAUAUACAGUAAAUGAAAUCAAAAGUAUGGUGGAACAUACUGUCAAUGUUUUGACCACCUCUGGUUCAUUAAAUAAUCAUCAAGACAAUCGCAGCAAUUCAAAUUUAUUGAACACUGAAAAUGUUCCUAUCAGUAAUGAGCAAACUCUUGAAAAUGUUGAAACUGAACUUGAAAAUUCCACAACACGGUCCCAAGUAGUUAAUGAACUAUCCAGAUUAGUAGGUAGAUCAAUAUCAGACUCAGUACGCCGCAUGAUGCAAAAAUUGUUUGAUGAUACAUGGUUGAAGUAUUAUUCAUAUGUUGGACAUAAAGGAAAAAACAAAUUGUCAUCUCUCAAUUCUUGUAAAAUUAUUUUUGAAGCAAUACAUCUAUGCUCAAAAUUUGAAAAAGUACCAGAUAUAGAAAUUGCUUUGUCAAUUAGUAAGUGGAUGGCGCAAGCAAGCAAUCGUUUGAAAAAAAAAUAUACCAAUACAGAGACCACUAUUACACUUUGAUUAUUUUUCAAUUUAUUCCAUUAUUUUUUUCAUUUAAUUCUUAAACCCAAGUUAAGAGUUAUAAAAGUUCAUAAGUUUUUAUUUUGUUUUAAAUAUAAAGAACAUAUUAUAACUAAAACAUGAA